GCGCCAUUAACUUCCUCACCCCCGCCCACACCCACGCUCCCUAGCUCUCUUCUCUGCCAAGCUAGCUCCGCGGCCGUGCGGCAAGGACGCGGUGGCCGGCCGGUGGUGCUAGCGGAUGCCGAAGAUGCUGCAGGCGGCCAGGUACCUGCUGGGCUCCCCGGGCGCCAGCGGGUUCGGCUCCAAGUCCACCGCCGAGGAGGUCACGGCGGCGUGCCCCGACCUCGGCUCGCUCACCGCCAUCAUCACCGGCGCGACGUCGGGGAUCGGGGCGGAGACGGCGCGUGUGCUGGCCAAGCGGGGUGCCAGGGUGGUCAUCCCGGCGCGGAGCGUCAAGGCGGCCGAGGACAUGCGCGCGCGCAUCCUAGCCGAGUGCCCGGGCGCCGACGUCCUCGUGCUGCACCUGGACCUCAGCUCGCUCGCCUCCGUCCGGGACUUCGCUCGCCGCUUCCUCUCCCUCGGCCUGCCCCUCCACCUCCUCAUCAACAACGCCGGCAAGUUCUCGCACGGCCAGCUCGCGCUGUCCGAGGACGGCGUCGAGAUGACCUUCGCCACCAACUAUCUGGGCCAUUUCCUGCUGACGAAGCUCCUGCUGGGGAGGAUGGCGGAGACGGCUGCGGAGACGGGGGUGCAGGGCCGCAUCGUGAACGUGUCGUCCAGCGUGCACGGCUGGUUCUCCGGCGACUGGGCCGACUACCUCCAGCUCGUCACCCGCCGCAAGAUACCCUACGACGCGACGCAGGCCUACGCGGUGUCCAAGCUCGCCAACGUGUUGCACACCAAGGAGCUCGCCGCCCGCCUCCAGGAGAUGGGCGCGGACGUGACGGUGAACUGCGUGCACCCCGGCAUCGUCAGGACGCGCCUCAACCGCGACCGAGAGGGCCUCAUCACAGAUCUCGUCUUCGUGCUGCUGUCCAAGCUGCUCAAGACCAUCCCACAGGCUGCGGCGACCACGUGCUACGCGGCGGUGCACCCGAGGCUGGCCGGCGUGUCAGGCCGCUACUUGGCCGACUGCAACGAGGCGCUGCAGUCGCCGGCUGCCGCAAGCCGCCGCGAGGCCGCGCGGCUCUGGCAGGCGUCGGAGGACAUGAUCAGCGGCUCCAGUAGUCAACAGGGAAGCACGAAGGAGAGGAACAUCUGAGCAUCCGACUAGUCUGUGUCCAUCAACCGUGUAAACAUAUUCCUCCCUUGGUUUGUUCUGCUUCAAGCCAGGAUGUAACAUGCACAUAAUCAUAUUUUAGUACUAGUAAGCAGUAGCUAAUCAGUGAUCGUGUUUGUCACAGAGUGAAGAUCAUCUGUAAGAAAGAGCUCGGACUGUGAGAUCCAUGUGUACUACUUUCCCUAGACUAGAGGGUCAUUGACUUGGGUUGGUGACAUGUAAGCAUAUACUCCUACAUACUACAUGUAUACUGUAUUUCACUA